AUGUGGAAAUAUAGCCUAUCCCAAAGAGAUUUUAGGUGUUACGUGUUGAUAUAUCCGCUCAGAGUUCGCACUGUCAUCACUUUAAAAAAAAAGCUAUUAGUUACAUCAAGUAUCUGGGUGAUUUCAAUCUUGUGUUCAAUUCAUGUAUUUUUUAAGAAUCAGUUGUGGCAAUUAAGUAAAAAAGACUGGCUAAUAAGUAGUGUAAAUGACGAGUUUGACGAGUGGCAACCACCAACACAAUAUAUCAUUCCGGUAGUCAUCGUAGUAGUAUCUUGUAUUAUUGCAUCUGUAACCCUUAUUAAAAGAAUAGGCCUACAUAGCAAUCGUUUACAAGAGUCCAGCCAAAGUAACGUGUCCAGAAAUAAUUCUCUUAGAGUUCCAAAAAGGGCUCUUGUAACAGUGACCAUCGUGGCUGUUGUCUUUCUGUGCAUGACGUCACCGAAUGCAAUAUGUCGUUACAUGGUGAUUUCGAAAGGAUACAUGAUAACUAAUUUUAUCAACUGGCAGAACAUGUGGUUCAUAACUAAUAUACUUAGAAUAUCUAAUAGCUGCGUUAAUCCAUUCAUUUAUACACUAAUGUCCAGAAGUUUUCGAUCGGCCAUCAAAUCAGCAUUCUGCUGUAAAACAGAUUCGACAAUCAGGCAAAAUCAUAUUUUUAAUUCUAGAAGACAUUUGCAAAACAGAGUUUAAAAUUAAUGAUAAAUGUCUGAACAAAAAUUCGUACAGCAUCUUCGAUGCGCUGACCACCAGCAUCCAUUAUUCUUACGCACACAAGCUGCAUCCAUUCGCAUCGGUUCCGAACUGAAAAUCGAGCAUUGUUUCCGAUGCGCUGAACGAAACGAAGUAACGCUCCGAAACGAUAAGUUCGUUCACACUUGUUCCGAUCUGUUAUUUUUUUUAAUAUGAAUGUAACGAUGCGAUGUCAUUGUCCUUUCAACAAUGGCGUCUUGGUCAAAUGGCUUGUCGGACAAUGUAGACGGACUUCUGCUAACAGUAGCUCUCAGUUAAAAAAAAAACAAAAAACAAACAAACAAACAAAACAAAUCAAAAAAAAAAACAAACACAUAAAAAAAAACCAAACAAACAAAAGGAAAUUGGUAUUAAUACAGAAAGGGUAUGAGCAGCUCACCACCUUAAUAAUGAAGGGAUUGUCUUCAAAUGAAGAUGAAUUUUACGAUAAAUUCCGAAUGUUACAUAACUUCGUAAAUUUGUAUAUCCAGAAGAACACUCAUUUUCGAGAUCUCCUCGCUUUAUUUUUGGUUUAAAAUGGAUACGUAUAUCUGAAAUAGACGUCCCUUAAUUUCACAGUGUAAAUUGUGGACAUCAUGAUGUCAAAUACAUAAGUGCAUUAAUGUUAAUCACGUCAGAAAUCUAAAAGCAUUAAGCCGAAUCUAAACACGUUUUAAAUGUCGCCAAAGACUGAACAAAAUUGCGCGGAGAUUUAAGUUUAUAUCCACUUUGUUUUUACAGUGUAGAGGCAAUUAAAAAAUUGCUUAGAAAUAUGCUUAAUGAAAAAGAUAAUAUUGUUUACCAUCCUAGUAAACCUUACAUUUAUAAUAUUAUUUUAAUUAAAAAAAUGUUCUAUAAAUAUGUAGGCCUGUGAUAUGCUUGUUUCCUCUAAAAUGGUUAUACACAGUUUGUAAAC